AAACACACAGUGUCAGUGCGGUCAGUGCGUUGUUUUCAUUUCCACGUGCGCGCUUGUACUACUGUCGUGAAAAUGGGUACGAAAAUCAAGUUUUUAGUAGCAGAUACCGCUGCAUUCAUUGAAAAUGCACCUCUACAGGAUCUUGCUGAGAAAGUGGUGACAAUCACAGAAGUUCUGGAUGAGAUCAAGAAUAAACGUCAGCUCCGGAGACUUGUGGUGCUCCCAUUCGAACUGGAGGUUCUAGUGCCCACUCAGGAGAAUCUCACGUACGUGCGAGAGUUUGCGAAGAAAACAGGAGACUAUGCCAGUUUAUCUGCAGUGGACUUAAAAGUUGUGGCCCUGACUUACCAACUGGAAAAGGAAUAUGUGGGCACUGAGCAUCUGAGGCAGGAACCUCUAGCGUCAAAGACAAUUAUCAAGAAACCAGAGAAGAAUGGUUUGGAGAACAGCAAACUGAUGGGAUUCUACAUGCCGAAGGAGAGCGAAACCAAUGAAUUGCCAGCAGAGAAAGCCCUUCCGGAAAGCGAUCAAGAAGAGCAAGAAAAUCAAGGAGUCCAAGAAGAUCAGGAAGCUGAAGACCUUCAAGACGUUCCAGAAACAUCUGAUGGGGAAGACGAUCAAGUGAAGCAGCUCACAGAUGACUUCAAUGACUUGAAUUGUGAUGAAAUCCUGAAGAAGCAUGAAGACUCCGAAGAAGAAGAGGAAGAAGUCGAAGAAGAGGCUUCAGACGAUGAUGAUGAGGGCUGGAUAACGCCCUCAAACAUUGGUCAGCUUAAGAAAGACAUGGGAUUUGAUGAGAAGGAUGAGAAGCCAGCGAUUGUUGCCUGCGUUUCUACAGAUUACUCAGUUCAAAACCUCCUGAAGCAAAUCGGUCUCAAUUUGUGUGCCUUGGACGGUCGCAUGAUCCGUCACUCGAGGAUGUUCGUCCUUCGCUGCUACACCUGCUUCAAAAUCACCACGCUUAUGCACAAGAUGUUCUGCCCCAAGUGUGGGAACAAGACACUGAAGAGAUGCGCCGUGAGCAUCGACGAAAAUGGUCAACAAGUGGUGCACAUAAACUUCCGGAAACCCAUCACAGCAAAGGGCAAGAACGUCUCUGUGCCACUGCCGCGUGGCGGGAAGCAUUCCCGAAAUCUCUUGCUUGUAGAAGAUCAGCCGAUGCCACAUCAAAUGCCCUCUCGCGUAGCUCGCACGAAGACAGACGCUAUGCAUGAGGAUUAUACAGCUGGAUUCUCACCUUUUGUGGCGCGCGACGUCAACUCCAAGUCUGCGAUGCUGAGGAAUCGUGGUCACAUCAAGGAUUGGCUCCGUAAUCACGAAUACGUUAACAGCAGGCGCAAUAACAAGUAGCAUCUAGAAUUUCUUGUCGAUGGGGAUGAUUUGAUGCCAAAUAUAAUCUUUCUUUGGCGCUAAUAUAACCGCAUAUGAACUAUCGUUGGCGAUACUGAAGGUUC